AGAAACCCAAAACCCUCGCCGGCAGAACUCAACAGACUCACUAACAGAGAGAGAGAAGAUCAAAUCGGUGGGAGAAUAAAAAUGGUGGUGAGACUAAGGUUAUCGAGGUUUGGAUGCAAGAACAGGCCGUUCUAUCGAGUAAUGGCUGCCGAUAGUAGAUCUCCCAGAGACGGCAAGCACUUGGAAGUCUUGGGCUAUUACAAUCCCCUCCCGGGUCAAGAUGGUGGUAAAAGAAUGGGUCUUAAAUUUGACAGAGUGAAGUAUUGGCUAUCAGUCGGCGCCCAGCCUUCAGAACCAGUCCAGCGCCUUUUGUUUAGAACAGGGUUGCUACCCCCUCCCCCAAUGCUGGCUAUGGGACGCAAAGGUGGGCCAAGGGACACCCGUCCAAUCGAUCCAAUGACAGGGCGCUACUUGACACCUAAUAAGCCAGCAACUGAUGACGGACUGAAGGAGUCCGAAGGUGAUGGACAGAGUGGUUCUGCUCGUAUUAUGGAAGAGUUGUUUCAUGUUGCGUUUGAUUGUGAAACGAGUUCGAUUUUCUCAAGUGACGAAGCAGCCUUGUGUGUAGAACCUUUUGAUGCAUAACUACAUCUUGGUUGAGGAAAUAUCUUUGUCUUGCUCAUGUCUCCGGCAUUGUGUGUUCACAAAAUCACUCCUGCAGUUUUAGCAGUGACAAACCAUGAUACUCCAUCUAUCUCCAAUGUGUUUUUGGACAUUACUCGAAUGGAAUGGGUUGUCCAACAUUGGAACUUCAA